CCACUCCAGAAACAUGAAAAAUGUCCUGCAGCUCAGCAAACAGGAUCUCAAACAUAUCGGCAAAAGCUCCUGGCACGAUCAGUACAAAAACAGUGCGUGGAUAUUUGUCGGUGGGCUGCUGUACGACCUUACCGAAGGUGACAUCCUUUGCGUGUUUUCACAGUACGGUGAGAUCGUGAAUGUAAACUUGGUCCGCGACAAGGCAACAGGAAAGUCGAAAGGAUUCGCAUUCAUCUGCUACGAAGACCAACGGUCGACCGUACUGGCGGUGGACAAUCUGAACGGUAUCAAGCUGGUCGGCAAAACGAUACGCGUUGACCAUGUGGACGAUUAUCGGCCACCGAAGGAAACGGACAAAACCGAUACGGAAACGCGCCAGCUGUACAUGGAAGGGUGCGCACCGGAAGUGAUGAUGCAGCGGGAUAAGGAGAGGAAAACACGCUCCACCAUCCCGGAGCAGAAGGUUGAACGACGUUCGAAAUAUGCGGAUGUAAAGGUUAAGCAGGAAGUACGGGAACCAUCCAUUAAGCAGGAGAAAGAGAGACGAUAG